AUGUCAAUAUUUCAAGGAUUCCCGGAAUUACCUGGGGCGGAGGACACACCUUUGUGUGUUGUUAAUGAAAUAUACUGUUGCGCUAACAGUCGCUACGGAAACAUAUCAACAUUCACAAAUGCGACAAAAAAUCACCCAAAAAUUAAUGUCACGAAGGAUAUACAACAUCACAAAAUUUCUGACGAAAACGUUUCCUUGUAUGUAGACGUUGAGGACAAGUUAUUAAAGAAAAUCACUAGUGUAUGGUACAAGCAAGGAUUUUUAGAUGCGUUAAGUGUAGCUGCAGAUCCAAGUAUAAAUCGCGAUAGUCCUUUUUUAGCAAUUACAGCAUCAUAUGUUUUGAAAAUAGCAAAUCUUGUCACAUCAUUUCGAUACUUUAUCCAACCGCAUUUGAAAGACAUAGGGCCUAAAAUCGUCUCGAAAUACUCCCGUACAAGAAACUGGAGUACUGCUCCCAUUAAAUGCAUUGCAUGGCAUCCACACACGACAAAAAUUGCUGUAGCUACUGCAGAUGAUAAUGUGAGGGUUUACUGCUCUGAAGUUUCCUUUGUUUCCACAUUAAAAUGCAAGGCACAAGGUCAUGUGUCAUCAUUGAGUUGGAGACCGUAUUCAGCUUCAGAGCUUGCUGUUGGUUGUGAACAAGGUGUGAUUGUUUGGACAGUUGAUCCAAACUCAAUGUUUACAAAACCAUCUUCCAGUAAUGCUGUUGUAUUGAAAAGAUCAGGCCACAGUCCAGUGACGGAUGUUAGUUGGUCUCCAAAUGGCGACUUGCUAGUCAGUUGCUGCGGUGCUGACACUUCAAUGCUAGUGUGGGAUGUUGCGAUGGAAACCGCAGUGCCACUUCGCAGGGUGGCAGGUGGUGGUAUAGUAUUUGCAAGAUGGUCACUUGAUGCAAGCAGAAUUUUCGCCGCCACCUCUUCUAUUAUUUUCAGAGUAUGGGAUACACAAAAUUGGUCACCAGAAAGAUGGUGUGCUAGAGGUUGUCGAGUGGUGACAGCCUGCUGGGGGCCUAAGGAAGUUGUGCUGUUUGCCGCAAAGGGUGAACCAAUAGUGUAUGCUCUCUGCAAUAUGGGACUUUUAAGCGGAGCCCAAACAACCAAAGCCCAACCAGUGCUUGAUGUAACUAAAGUUGAACUACCAUCUGGCGAUAUUGUAGGUGGACCUAUUUUGGAUACGUGCUGGGAUCCUACUGGUCGAUACCUGGCCAUACUGUUUGAAGAGUCGUACCUUGUUGCAAUAUUUUGUACCACACAACUAAUGAUGCAGAUGAAGAUAACACCAUGCUGCUUCGUGUGCGGCAUAGACGAUGAAAUGCCAACAACUAUGGCCUUCCAGAAGAACUUCACAGAGGGUGCUUGUUUGACAAUCGCAUGGUCCAGCGGAAGGUUGCAACAUUUCCCAAUUGUGUAUGGAUAG